CCUGCUCUGAGAGACAUGGCGACCACAGCAUCUAACCACUACAGCAUCCUCACUUCCAGCGCCUCCGUCGUGCACUCGGAGCCCGGAAACAUGCAGCAAGGCACGGCGUACAGGGACGCGCAGACCCUGUUGCAGAACGACUACUCACUGCAGAGCAACAGUCACCCGCUCAGCCACGCGCACCAGUGGAUAACAGCGCUGUCUCACGGGGAGGGCGCCCCGUGGUCGAGCAGUCCCCUUGGCGAGCAGGACAUCAAGCCCUCGGUGCAGGGCACGAGGGACGACAUGCACAACUCCCCCAACCUCCAGCACCAGCAGCGUCCACCACACCUGGUACAUGCGCCGCACGGGAAUCACCACGACGCCCGAGCCUGGAGGACAACCACCGCGGCUCACAUACCGACCAUGGCAACUUCUAACGGACAGGGUCUGAUUUAUUCUCAGCCCGGGUUUGGUGUGAACGGACUGAUUCCCGGUAGUGGACAGGGAAUGCACCACCACAACCUGAGAGACGCACACGAGGAGCAUCACAGCCCGCAUCUCAGCGACCACGGACACCCGCCGUCCCAGCAGCACCAGCAAAACCAUCACGACCACUCGGACGAAGACACGCCGACCUCCGAUGAUUUGGAGCAGUUCGCCAAGCAGUUCAAACAACGGAGGAUCAAGCUGGGCUUCACGCAGGCAGACGUGGGUCUCGCCCUGGGGACGCUCUAUGGAAACGUGUUCUCCCAGACCACCAUCUGUAGGUUUGAGGCCCUGCAGCUCAGCUUCAAGAACAUGUGCAAACUGAAGCCUCUGUUGAACAAGUGGCUAGAGGAGGCGGACUCGACCUCGGGCAGUCCCACUAGCUUGGAUAAAAUUGCUGCCCAAGGAAGGAAAAGGAAAAAACGGACCUCCAUCGAGGUAAGCGUAAAAGGGGCUUUGGAGAGUCAUUUCUUAAAGUGCCCAAAACCCGCGGCCUCAGAGAUUACGUCCUUGGCGGACAGCCUGCAGCUGGAGAAGGAGGUGGUCAGGGUUUGGUUCUGUAACCGGAGACAGAAGGAGAAACGGAUGACUCCUCCCGGUGGACCGCUCCCUGGGACCGAAGAUGUGUACGGGGACACGCCACCACAUCACGGAGUCCAAACGCCAGUCCAAUGAACAGCUGUUUUUAUUUAUCCUGAACAUUAUAUAUAAACCACUGGACUAUAUUGAUAGAGGGUGUUUUAUAGUUGACAGAGAGGAAAGUAAGAGAGUUCUCACACAAGAUCUGCUUUGAAUAUCGUUGAAAACUGAAUAGCAAUGGAGAUUACGUUUUCUUCACGAGCUGUAAGAGAGCAUAGUAGGCUCUGCUUUUCGAGGAUAUGCCUAUGUGAUUCGACGCAGUUUUUAGGUGUAGCCCUAUUGUGGAUUGAAAAAAAAACACUUGACCUGAAGGGAAUCCUGAUUCAAAACUAGCUUCUUAACUUGACGGUUUACAUUGUCGACUUUUCU